AGCUAAAUAGUUAUUAGUAGCAUAUAAUAGUAUCGUAGCAAUUUAGUAAAUAAUAAAUUGUUAUUUGUUAUAUUUAAAAAAAAAUAUCUCGUAUAUUUUAUAUCGACAUUCGACAUGACAUUGACUUGAAACAUGACAGUGAAAGUCAGAAACAGAAGAGAAACUCGCUUGAGUUAUGUAUUAACACUGAAAUGACAUUAAAUUAUUUGAGACCCUGGACGGGAAAAUAUAACUAGAGACUUGGCUUCGGCCUGAUAAACUGAUAUACUUCUGAAUUUCAAAACAAGAGACUUGGCUACAGCCUUUAAAAAAAAUAUGAUCGGUCUUGACAUAAUAUUGCGAAGAAACUAAAAGAAAAAAAAAGCAUUAAAAACGACGAAGAAAUGGCUGUAUGGGCUUGAAGCCUUUGCCUGUCCUAAUAUUGGACGAAAAAAAAAUGUCAAUUAUUGUGUCUCAACUGUCAAGUGGUUUGUUAUUGUUUUGUGCAUCAUGGACAACAUGUCAUAAAUAUGAUGUUUAUAAUAUUCUACAAUCUGGAUGUAUUGAGACAACCAAGUAUUUCACGUUAUACUUGUGCAUUCCGCAGUUAAAUUGUAGUACGAAUGUACACAACGACCAUUUUAUCGUUUGAAAAAAGUUGAAAUAAGGGUUUGUACAAACUAAAAUCUGGUUUGGUGCAUGUAUUAUUUAGUCAGUUAAGGUCAUUUCAUUUUAUAUGGUGUGGACCCUUUUCAUUAUAUUGCUUCAUCUUAUUUUAAUUAUUUUGCAUUGCAGAUUUUUUUUACUUAACAAAAUAAUUAUCAUAUAAAAAUAAAUAUGCAUGAACUAACACUAUUCGACAUGUUUAAAAUUUAACAUACUUUGAUACAAGCUUGCUAUUAUUAAAAGCAUGAGCUUACUCAUUAUAUUUAUAAUUAGGAAUUUAAUUUCCGUAUUAAAAUUUUAGGUCUGAGAGUCAAAAUAAUUAUUGUGGUGGGCAAUAUACCAGCGGCGAAGCGUCGCAGAUUCAACCGUGAGUAUUUCAUAUUAGUAUUAUUUGUAAGUAAAUAUAAAAUAUCCUUAAUUCCAAUUGACAUAGUUGUUCAUAGGAUUUUGUUAUGGAAGAGGAGGACAAACGAGCCUACGGGUCACAUGGUUUUACGUCAUCACCACUGCCCCGAUAUACAUGCACACGAGAGCGUUGCCGGCCUUUUAGAAAGCUGUUGUCGUUUAUUUUGAAGGUGUUAUGUCAUCUAUAUGUAUCUAUAUGUAUUUAAUGCCUUGAGCAGUGUUUCUAAGACUAUUCUUAGAAACACUGCUCAAGGCAUCUCAUUCCACAGCUUGGUUGUACGUGGAGAAAACGCAACACAUCCCAAUGGUGGAGAUGAUAUCGUAAUUUGUGGCGUGUAUUGGUAUUAUUAAGAAUUUAAAUUAUUAUUUUUUAGUGUGCUCUAUCAAAUAAACAAACUGACAAAAAUUCAACAACUAUAAUAAUUGCUCUCGUUUACAUACUUGAUAUGUUUAAUCGUAAUAUUAUAACGCAAUGCGUUUAUUUUGCAACUUUUAAAGGACCAGCUUAUGAUGAAGGUAUAUUUAAUAAUUUGAAUAUCAAGUUGCGAUGAGGCUUCUCGAGAACGUGGUAGAGGAAGUUGCCGUGGGAGAAGACAAUUGUACGUUUCAUUUUUGUAAUCUUCAUCUUUUUUAUAAUUAUUAAUAUUAAUAUAUUAUUUUUUAAUGUUCGAAUGAAUGUUUUACGGCCAUACCAUGAUAUUAUUAGGGACUCAAAAGAUGAUAGUCUGAAGAAGAUUCGCUCUGAAAAGAAAAUUACGUAGCGACGAAUUGACGCCUUACCGGCUGAGUCGCAUCAAGAGCUGAUGGCUCGCAAGCGGAAGGCUUCUACCGGACGCACCCCGGCGUAAACGGCGAACAAAGUUAAUAUUAUAUUGAAACCAAUGUUUCAUAACAUUUAUCUUCUUAUAUAACUCACAAAAUUUGUAAAUUAUGUAGUCCAAGUAAAGUUCAAGUACAUUUGUUUUAUUUUCUAAGUAUGACUAUUUGCAUUGGCCAAGUAUGAGAGUUUUAAUCUGUUUAAGUAUGAUUUUAAUUUCACAGGAAAGCAUCUCCGGAGCGGUCUCCUUGUUUGCUGAUGCGUCCUGCAGAAGCACAUCCAUCGACGUCGGGGGUGGCGCGAUCUAGUGAUAUUCAUUCUGCUGAACCUGAGCCAUCAGCUUCUGGUUUUUCAUCUUCAGUCGAGUUCCUAAACAAGACUACGGUGUACAACCGAGAGGCACUGGCGAGGGCGGUCCGGCGGCCCCCGGACGUGCCUCUGCUCACUGUCUCCAACCACCACUCCUGCUUCGAUGACCCGGGACUAUGGGGCGUGUUGGACACCAGCACCCUGCUCCGCGGUCGCCGUAUGCGCUGGUCCCUGGCUGCGCACGACAUCUGCUUCACCAACGCCAUGCACGCCGCCUUCUUCGCGCUCGGCAAGUGUGUGCCCGUGGUCAGGGGCGCCGGCGUCUACCAGCCGGCGAUGGACUUCUGCGUGGAGCGGCUGUGCUGCGGCGAGUGGGUGCACAUCUUCCCCGAGGGCCGCGUGAACGUGGACAAGGAGCACAUCCGGUUCAAGUGGGGGGUGGGGCGCCUGGUGCAGGACACGGCGGCCCGGGGCCGAGCGCCGCUCGUGCUGCCCGUGUGGCACGAGGGCAUGGACCGCGUGCUGCCCAACGAGGAGCCCUACCGGCUGCGGGCCAGGAACCAGCUCUACCUGUGCGUGGGCGAGCCCAUCCAGCUGCUGCCGCUUCUCGAUAGAUUAAAAAAUAUGAAUGCAUCGGAGGAGGAGACACGCCGGCUCAUAACGGAGCGCAUCCAGGACGAGCUGAUGAGGCUAAGGGAGCGAGCGCACGGCCUCAUGAGGCGUGCGUGCGGCGCCCCGGCCGACAGCCUGCUCAACGAUCGCAGCCCCGGGGCGCCGCCCCCCGUCGCCAACGGCAAGCGACAGAGCUGGGGGCCCUCGCCCGCCGACCGCGACCAGGAGAAGGAGCUGUGAACGACGCCUCCAACUGGAUGAUACACUUCGAUGACCACCGUUCGUUUGCCCCAAUCAUAGUCCAGUGACGACUGACCGAACAUUCAAUAACACACAACGAGACGGUUGCCGGCUUUGACUCAUACUUGACGCUAGUGGCAUCAGCUUGGAUGAUCUGUGCAGUAUGACCGAUAUUGUAGCUGAUCACAGUGUGACUGGAUAUACCUCAUUGUAUAUUAUGUUUGUCUACGUCCCGUAAAGUGACCCGGUAACUAUGGCAACGGCCACCCUUGUUGUGUUUCCAAGUGCCCCAAACUCCAAAGACUUUGUUUUGCUGUAAGUAAAGCUUUAUGAUUAGUUCCUGAGAGUCCAGUGAUAUGAUUAACAACGUUUUCUAUAUGCAAAGUGUUUAGUUUAGUGUGAAUCAUCAUAUCAAGAGACGGAACAGUUUUGUAUGUGGAUAUAUGUUUUAUAUGAAUGUUUACAUGGUGCGGCGUUUUGUAUCGACGCGAGAUGCGUGCUACACACACAUAACAAUUACCUCGUUCGCUGCUAGUAUCUGUUAAAGUGUUACAAACAGGUGUGCAGGAAUAGGAAUGCCUUCAUAGGUGUUGGAUAUUCAAAGACAGCUUCUAUGAUUUUCACUGUUACCUUUUAUAAAUUACUUACCUGUCGGUUUUUGUUUAGUUUGAACUUUGUAAAUUUUACGAAGCUAAUCUGAUCUCUUAUCUUAUCCUUGAUACUUAAUAAUAAUUCGAUUAAUCAAUGGAUCGAAGAAUGUAUCCCCUGUUUCUUUGUCACAUCUUGUGCGGAACUAUUUCAAUCCUGGAUGGAUCAUAAUAUGUACAUUAAACUCGUUUUUAUAGAUAUAGAUAUGUGUGUGUGUGUUUCGGGCAUUUAGCACAGUACUCCUCAUUUACUACACAGAGAUUAUAUCUUUGACAGUGGGUGUAUGAUUGAAUUAGUAGUGUGUCAUACAUACAAUAUUUCAUGCAGAAGUUUUGUAGUAAAUGAGACUUAGAUUUAGGAUUGGCCUCCGCUGCGAUCCAACUAGAUACCACAGGCGUAGUCGCAAAGUAUCUCAUUUACGGCAACUAUUAGUACGCCCAAGUGGACGUACACGAGCCUGUCUCGAACAAUAUGUGACGUUGGUAUGCCACAUGUUCUGUCAAACUUUACUUAUGUAGUAAAACUUUGUAAAAAUAAUACUACAAGAAAAAUAUAGACACUGGGAUCACAUAUCAUCAGUAAGUAUUUUUUAUUUUAUUAAUUCCAUUGUAAGAUAACAUGAAGUGUAUGUGUGUUAGAAAAUUUCAAAGAUGUCAUUGAGUGUCAAGAUGCCACACACACAAGCAUCUAAUAGUUGCUGUAAUAAAAAAGGUAUUGUUAUUAUACAAUAUAUUGUUCUUAGGUAGUGCUGAAUUCAGUUGAACCGCAGCGGAGACCAAUCCUUAAUCUAAGAAAUGAGAGUUAUCAGGAAAUAUAUUAUAGGGACUGUCUAGGCAAAUGUUUAUUUUGUGGCAUUUUACUAUGAAAUCUGUAUUAAGAGGUUUAGAAAAUAUAUUUCCUAAUUUUAGCAUGCCAAGUCUAAAACUAUAUUUUAGAAGAAAUACAAUAGAACUUGUCUUUUAUUCUUAACAUGUAUGUAUGUUGUGGUUGACUGAUAGAUUAAACAUUUGUCUCGACAAUGUGAUAUGACUGUGUAGAUGUAAGGCAGAUGUAAGUUUCAUACAUCUUAGUGUCGUCUGUGUUGUAUGUUUAUACUAAAUCAUACAGGCUGUAGACUUGCAAUAAGUUGCCUGUUCUUUUUAAGGUAGAACUUAUUGCACAGACCAAGUAUAGUAACUAGACAUUGGUUUGGCGUGGCCAACAUUAGACAGAUAAUAUCCUAUAUAUAGGUACAUAAUCGAACACAAGUGUUCUUUCACUAUCACUUUUACAUCUUAAAACACAACAUCACACCAUAUUUCCUUCCAUUCCUUAAAAUUGUCACUGAUAUUGAAUAAAUAGUGGAUAUUUCACACAUUUCACAACAAUAAUAGCUUAUAUUUAUAGAUGCAAAUAAAAGUAAACAAAAUAUCUAUGCAGUGCUGUCAAGUUUGUUUAGCACACCGGGUGUGCUGACCUUGAAAAAACCGGCACGCAUGGCGAAACAAAAAAUCUGAUCACUCUAUCUCAUUUCUUUACAUAAGACUCGCAUAAGUUUUUCUUUUUCUCGUGUGAGUGAGACAAUCAAUUAGUCUAGUUACUAUACUUGGUCUAUGACUUAUUGUAUUUUAUAAUAAUAGACAAAAUAUGAGCUUCUCUUAGUGAAUCUGUCUCCUGACAUUAUGUUUUUAGUAUUUUUACCAUAUAUUACCUAGUUGGUGUUACUUAUAUCCUUGUUAUGUACUUCAAAUUGUCUACACUUUUGGUUGCUAACCUCAUGGAAAUAUAAUGUUGUGUGUGUGUCUCAUCUUCUUGUGUGUGUUAUUGUAUAUUAAUACUUGCGUUCACAUUCUGUUCUUCCAUUAUUGUGUUAAGAUAAACAAAUUGUCUAUUUUUAUUUUUAGAAUUUUUUAUGGACUUAAUUCGUAAUGUUAAUUAUUAUCUAAAAACCAUAUUCAUUUUGGAGGUUACGUUAUUGAAGGUAAAGCACAUUAAACAUUGGGCAUUAUUCGCUAUGUCCAAGUAAAGAGUUUAUUGGUAACAAUAAGUUUCAUUUUUAUUUGAAUAUAAUGGGUAAAUUGGAGGUAAUUCCAGAAAAAUGUUCCAAACCACAGUCAUGUCGAAAUUUAGCUAAGAACAAAAAGCUAGUCACGGGAUUCAUAUUAACGGACUGACAAGAAAUGGCAGCCCUGCUGUCAGUCUUUAAAUGACAUCAUGAGUUAGUAGCCCAAUCCACAUUCCUUAAAAUGUGAUGUUUGUGGCUUGGAACGUUUUUCAGGAACUACGUCCAAUUAUUAUGCUUAAAAAUAACACAUGCGAAAACAAAACUUUGAGUAAGUAACCCAUUGGUUCAGUGAAUAAUGUUAGAAUUCAAUGUCACAUUAUGUAAGUUGUAUUUUCUAUUCUGUGCUCUAAUCUAAUAAUAUUGAAUACUAUGUUACGAGGGGUUCAAGACAUAAUUAUUGUGGACCUAAGUUAAAAGAGAAAUUUGAUCCAUAAAUAAUCUAACUCACGCAACUAGUGAUCAAUGAAAUCUAUAAUUCCAUUUUAAUUGUUUAUUUUUAAAUAACCUUGAAAUAUAUGAAAAUAGCAUACUAAUGCUAUUUUUAAGGGUCCCUGACGCUUCACGUGAUGGACACAAAAGAUGUGUAAUCUAAUGAUUCAUCUCACUUGAAUGUCAUGAUACUGGGACGUAUAUCGUGUGAUUUCAACCAGCGAUAAGCCCUUUAAUAUUAUUUGUUACGAGCACUUUACAAUUUACUUGAAGGUGGCAAGCGAGGCGCUUGAUUAACUUAAUAAAAACACAAGACCCUAUAUAAAUAUAGUAUAUAUUAACGUUAUUGACUGAGACGGAUUCAACUUACUUAUUAUUUUAAGUCUUCCACAUACUUCAUACAUUAAUAAUUGCGUGCUAUUUAUCUUAAAUUAUUUAUUAAGAAACAACAUGGUUUUUGCUAAAGUCAAUGAUUUGCAAUAUUUUUUAAGAUGUUUUAUUAUAAGAUGAGCUUUGUUGUUAGGCACAAAUACCUCAGCCUCUUCAAUCAAUGGUGUGCUGUGUAUUUUUUAUAAAUGAUAGUCAGUAGCUUAGAUCAAUUUGAGUGUAUUAAUGAAUGUAUGUAUGAGUGAGUAUCUCUGUUGUUCAUGCAAGUUCCUGAUCGUUUUUGUGUGUAUUCGUGUUAUUUUUGUCCAAAGUGAGCACUUUUUGAGGCAUAUGUAUAUUUUUAUUUAAUAAAUCAAUGAAUUUAA